GGCGAGCAGUGGAUAAGGUGCCAGUAGUGCGAAUCUUUGGAUCCACCACCAUGGGGCAACGAACCUGCCUGCACUUGCAUGGGGCUCUCCCGUACUUCUACGUGCCAUAUGAUGACGACCUGCCUCAGGAUAUCGCUAAAGCACAAAUCUUCAUGCGUCAGCUGGCUUCAGCACUGGAGUAUGCACUCAAGGUUGCAAGCCCCUAUGCCCGCAAGAGGCAGCACGUGCAUGCAUGCUCCCUGGUGCGAGCUCUGCCGUUCUACGGUUACCACCCCCACGAAUCGCUCUUCAUCAAGCUGGAGAUGUUCUAUCCGGAUGAAGUGACCCGUGCUGCAUUCAUCCUCCAGUCAGGAGCAGUGAUGGGGCGGGUGUUCCAGCCACACGAGUCUCACAUCCCGUAUCUCCUUCAAAUCAAGAUUGACUACAAUCUCGUGGGAAUGGGUCUCGUCCGCCUCUCUCAAGUCCUCUUCAGACCACCCCUUCCCACGCACCCUCCUCCUCACACCUCUCCGCCACCUCCACCUGCUGCUGGUGACGUGAAGAGAAUUCGAGGGGUGUAUUUCGCAGGAAACGUCCCUCCAGGGUGCUUCUGGGGGGCCAGAAGGCAGGAGGGCGGACGCACAUUCGAGGCAAGGGGAAGCAUAGGGAGGAAGAGGGGGAGAUGGUGCGAGGAGAGUCUACCUGAAAGGCGUGAAGGGCGUUCAGGGAUUGACGGUGUGCGGCGGCAGAGUGUGUGCGAGCUGGAGGCGGAUGGGUGCGUGUCAGACAUACUGAACGUGAAUGACCUUCUGCGAGUGCCUCUCCACGAGGCUGGGGAUGACAUUCAAAUGGUGCCCUCGCUCGCCCCCAUCUGGGAGGAUGAGCGGCGGCGGACAGCAGCUGAAGCAGGAGACGAAGCAAAGGGCAGUAGAUCCAGCGGCAGGAAGGGGAAGGGAGGGAAGAGCAGUGUGGAGACUCCUGGGCGUUCUCCAGGAAUUAUAGGAAAGCCAGGAGCCGAAACAAGGGCAGAAACAGCAGCAGAAGCAACAGGAGAAGCAGCAGGAGAAGCUGCAGCAACGCCCCCUGCUGCCGCCACUCCUGCCACGCAAAGAACAGAGCCUCCUCUUAGCGGCCUGGACAAGGCUCUCAGGAGAGUGGUGUACGAGUUGGCUGAGGAGGAAGAGGCCCCUGCCAACUUGCUCUCCCCAGCACAGGUAGCAGCUUCUGGAGAGCACAGACAGCCGGCCGUUGCUGCUGAGAGCCCUCUUCUGUCGUGCUCCCAGCCAGCCAACGUGCUCUCUCCAGCACCAACAGCAGCACCACCAGCAGCACAAACAGUGGCUGGAACCAUGGGCGUGACCGCAGGAGCAAGGGUUGCUCGUGAUGGAUCGGAUGGUGGGGAAAGAUGGGUUGAGAGCGGUGGUGGGAUGGAGAGUGCGAGGAAGCGGAGGAGAAGGGAGGACGAGGAGGAAGCUCUGGAUCUCUUGAGAUGGGUUGCCAAUAGCCAGCGUGACAACAGUGAAGGUGACAGUGCGAGCGACGAUGAGCAGCUGCUGCUGGGAGCGAAUUCAGCAGCAGGGGAGGCAGAAGCACAUGCAGACACACAAGCACAAGCACCAUUGGUUGGAUCACAAGGGUUUGGGAUGAUAGGAUCUCAAUUCCCAAUGCUGGAAUCACAGGGGCACCUGCCCAUAGGGUCGCAAUCCCCAGUGGUAGGUUCGCAAGGGUGCCUUCAGCGAGAGAGGAGACGGGCAGCAGUGGGUGGGUCACAGGGGUUUGUGAUGAUGGGGUCUCAAUCCCCACUGGUAGGUUCACAAGGGUGUUCCCAGGGGGAGAGGAGGCGGGCGGCAUUGGAGCGAGCAUGGGAGGUGUAUGAAGCGACUGUUGCGGAGGAGUGUGAGGGGAUCCUGGCGAGUGUGAGGGCGAUGGGGGAGGAGUGGGAGGGAGAGGGAGAGGGAGAGGAGGAUGAGGAGGAAGGCGAGGAGGAGGAGGAAGUUGAAGGGGAGGAUUUGGGAGAAGGGUGGGAAGAAUGGGUGCAGCAGGAGGGGCGAAGAGAGGAGGUUGGAGCGAGGGAAGCACAAGAAGGGAAGGGGAGAGAGGAUGAACAGGGGCCGAUUCCUCAAGUGUCAGGAAGAAGCGGAAACGAGGGUAAGGGCAAGGGGUGUGUGGGAGGAGCAUCAAGUGGUGCUGGUGGGGAGGGACCGGAGGGUAAUGCAGGAGAGGGGUCCGUGCAAGAGGGGGAGGGUGUGGGAGGGAAGGGGAAAAUGGUGGAAAGGGAGAGGUUAGGAGUGCAGGGAAGGAAGGGAGGGGGAGAGGAGGGAGAGGAGGAGGGGUUGGAGUGGAUAAACAAGUUUGUGCGCGGCGAUCUGAUGGCCUGGCAGAUGCACCAGACGGAUGGCGCUAAUGACGAUAGUGAGGAUGGUAAUAACGAGGAUGAUAAUGCUAGUGAGGAUAAUGGUCGGGACGAGAAGGGAGAGCUGGAGGAGCAGGAAGGGGAGGGAGAGCAGGGAGAGGAGGAGGAGGAUGAGAUAGUUAUGACCCCACCAACCACCCGACUGCACCUGAGAUCGCAUAGGAGGCGCCACAAUCACAAACUGCAAGGCACUUGUCAGCGGAGCUCUGGCAAUGGCGUUGCGCCUGGGGGAGGAAUGGCUUUAGAUGCAGUGUCUGAACCUGCGGGUGGUGUCUCGUCUGGUGGUGGUUCAGGCCCGGAGAGGAGCAAGUGCGACAAGCAGACGCUGCCAGGUGCACGUUUGAAGAGCUCUGGCACUGCCUGUGGGCCUGGGGGUGGAGUGGCUUUGGCGAGUGGUUCUGGCCCAGAGAGGAGGACUAAGUUUGUGUGCAGCCAGAAGGAGUUGAAGAAAGGAGAGGAGCGGGAGGGCGGAUGCAGGACUGGUGAGCUCUCUGCUGACCUUUUCAGAGGUCUUUCCACAGAGCCCCAAGUUGAACCUUGCGUGCCAAGCAGUGUCCCUCAGACGCUGGACCCGCCACAGCAGACGGCGCAAACGCCUCCCACCCCUCAGACUCCUCAGACGCCUCAGACUCUUGUAACUCCUCCGACUCCCCCAACUAACCAGGCACCUCACACGCCACUGUCACCUGUUUCUGCUGCUGCCUCCCCCUCGCAGCUUCCUGGCGACUUCCUUCCAUCCCGCCACAUCCCUCUUGUGCUUACUCAAAGAUGUGCAUCCCGCUGCUCGUUACAGUCACAUCCAACAGAAGAGAGGUUGGCGGAUCCGCUAGUGUAUCACAGGGCGCCUCCCUCGGUGCAGGAGCUGAGGGACACGUGGCAGGCUCAUGGAUUGCCACGUGUGCAGUGGCCUGACGUGUACUACGGUGACGUCAGGGACGUGCCAGAGAGGCAUCCUGUUUUUGGCGGGAAGGAGUUCAAAAGUGAUGCGCCACUCACCCAUGCUGUUGACGGUAGUGCAGCAGCACAGCCCAGUGACGAGCAGCAGGCGGAUUACGACCUCGACCCCAACACAGGGCAGUUGCUUGUUGGAGGGGCUGGUGUGAUAGGCUUGGACGGGGGACGUAGGGAGGCUCGGAAGGGUUUGGGGAUUCUGAAGUCGCCCGCUGGUCAUUCUCGUUUCCAUUCUCCUCAACCUCGGUCCCGAGUCACCUUCAGCGCCAUGCCGCCUCCUCGCAUCCCCCCUUCUCUCCUUCGCAUGUCCACAGCCACUGGGCCCGCUGCCAGUCCCACCACCACCACCCCUGCUGCUGCGGCUGCUGCUGCUGCUGCUGCUGCCGCUGCCACCACUGCUUCUGCUGCUACUGCUACUGCUUCUGCGCCUGUUGUUUCUGGAGAGCCACCAAUAGGAAGUCCUUCUCUCCCUAUUAAAGAGUCCCCGCCCACUCCUCCUCCUGCUACCAUCCCUCUGAACCCCUCUCACCCUUCACCCACUCUCCUCCAAUCACCCGCUCGCAUCCAAUCGCCCCCCCACACACAGAAAUCGUAUCAUAUCCAAUCUAGCAGGUUCCCAGGUGGAUAUUCAGGUGUUUCUAGGCCGUUUGGUGAACCUGGUUCUGGGGUGAGGAAGGGGCAUGCCCUCGGCCAAUCAGGGGCUGCCAGGUGGCGAGAUUUCUCCCAGCUCACCCCAGCAACUCAAGCUGCCACACCAGUCAGCCAAUCAGGAUUCAGGGAGAGUAAGAGUGGAAAGAAGGGGAGUGGAAAGGGGAGUGUAGAGAAGGGGAGUGGAGCGAAAGUGAGAAGAGAGGAAACGAGUGAAGGGGGAGGUGAGAGAAGUGGAGAGAAUGCAGAGGGAGGGGCGGAAAAAAGGGGAACAAGGGAAGUUGGAGGAGAGAAGAGGAGGGCUGAGAAGCAACAGGGGGAAGUGAUGCCAGGGAAAGUGAACGAGGAGGAGGAGGUGGGUGGAGCAAAAAGCGAAGUUAUGAAGGAUUAUGCAACAGAUACUGGAAGACAAGCAGGCGUGAGAAAGAAAAGAACCUGUUCCUCCUCCCCUUCCUCCUCGUCCUCCUCCUCCUGCUGCGAGCAUAUGGUGAGCAUGAGUGCGGAGGUGCUAGCAUGCACCAGAGGGGACUUGCUUCCUGACCCUGCUCUUGACGCUCUGUGCUGUGUCGUGCUGGCCACACAGGGGGAGGGGGAUGGGGAAGGGGAUGGGGAUGGCGAGGGGGAGGGGGAUGGGAAGGAGGAAAGGGAAGCGGACAGGGAGGCGGAGGGGGAAGGGGAGGAGGUUGAGGCAGGGCAUGUUGAGGAGGGGGGAGAGAGUGGUAGAGGGGAGUGGAAAGGCGGGAGAGGGGAGGCAGCAGAGCGUGGUAACGGGAGAGGGAGGAGGCGAAUCAAGUUGAGGCGAGUUGGAGGGAAGGCGCAGGUGGAUGUGCUGAUACUGGAAGAGGCUCAUUCAGGUCCCACCCGCAGGAACCCUGACGCCCUCUCGUCCUGCCGCGUCCACCUGCUGCCAUCAGAGGUUUCCCUUCUGGAGCGACUAGUGACAGUGGUGAGGGUGUGUGACCCGGACAUACUGCUGGGGUGGGAGGUGCAGGGGGGCUCCUGGGGGUGGCUGGCAGAGAGGGCGCAGCACCUGUGCUUUAACCUCCUCAAAUCGCUCUCCAGAGUGCCGCCUGUGCACGAUGUGAGGGUAUCGCAGGCAAGGGCGCCGUUCAAGUGUGACACACUUGAAGCACGUCUCUCCAGUCCUCCACUCCCAACUCGCCCUGAUUCCACCGGACAUCAGCAGUUCCAGUCGCACCCGCCACAGUCGCACCCAGCCCAGUCAGAACAGCCACUCCCGCACGCAGCAAUCACAUCCGUGCCGCCCUUGGAUUCCCAGCACAUCCCCAUGUUCCCCUCCCAGUCCCAGAUGCACCUCUCCCCAUCUCUCCCUCCUAUAGGCCCGUCUCAAUCGCCCCUUUCACCUCCGCUUGCCACUGCUCCUCGUGAUGCUACUCCACCUGACGCCACCACUCCUGACGGCACUCCACCUGACGCAACCACUCCUGAUGCCACUCCACCUGACGCAACCACUCCUGAUGCCACUCCACCUGACGCCACUCCACCUGCCACCACUCUUGAAGCUGCUCCACCUGACGCCACCACUCCUUACACCACCUCAAACAUCUCACAGCCAGAGCAGCAGCAGCAGCAGCAGCAGCAGCAGCCAGUUGGCCCAUCCCCCAUCCUCUCGUUUCCACUCUCCCCCUCCCAGUCCGUCCCCGUGCCACAAGACAUGAGCGCAUGGCACCAUGGGUUCGGAGGAUUCGCCCUCCCCCCUGCACAUGCAGCAGCUGAUGUGCCUGCGGAGGCAUGUGUACGGAUGAAUUCAACCACAUAUGGUGCACAGGUGCAGGCACAAACGCGUAUGCAUGUGCACGCACAUCCACAGGGGGGUAGAGGGAGGAAAGCUUGUGCUGGUCUUGCCUUGCUGGCAGAUGACCCUUCCACGUGGCCUCUCCUCAUCCCUGCCACGUCAGCUGGGGGAGCAGCAGGAGGGGCAGGAGGACGAUGGGGAGCAGGGGGGAGAGAGGGAGGGGGGGGAUCAGGAGGGGGAGGGGGAGGAGGGGGAGCGGGGAAAGGGGAUGAGAGGCUGAAUAGAGGUGAUGGACGGAUGGUGGGAGGAAAGGGGCCUCUGGGACGGCCAGGGGAGGGAGGAGAACGAGGAGGGGGAACAGGAGGAGGAGGAGGAGUAGGGGGAGAAGGAGCGACAGGCGACGGGGAGAGGGAGAGGUGGAUGAGAAGGAGAGGGGGAGGCCGGGGGCGAGGGGACGACGACGCAAUAGUAACAGACGAGUGGGGGAAAACGCAUGGCAGUGGCUUGCAGGUGGGCGGGCGCAUCAUGAUAAACCUGUGGCGGGUGAUGCGGGCUGAGGUGAAGCUGCCUGUUUACUCGUUCCAUGCGGUGGUGCUUGCUGUGCUGAGGCGACACGUGAACCGCACAGCUGAGCUAGCGCGGGUGUUUGGGAUUGACUUCUUCUCGGUGUUGUCACGGGGCUCCCAGUACCGAGUGGAAUCCAUGAUGCUGCGACUGGCGCACUCCCAGAACUACCUGUGCAUCUCACCCUCACGCAUGCAGGUAUCCUCCCAGCCCGCCCCUGCAUGCAUACCCCUCGUCAUGGAGCCAGAGUGUCGCUACUACACCAGCCCUGUCGUCGUCCUUGACUUCCAGUCGCUCUACCCCUCCAUGCUCAUCGCCCACAACCUCUGCUUCUCCUCCUGCCUCGGCCGCAUCCCGCCCCCCUCCUCUCCUGCUGCUGCUGCUGAUGAUGAUGAUGGUGGGGGUGGUGGUGGUGCUGCUCCUGUUGCUCCUACUGAUGGUGCACCUGCUUCUGGUGCUGGUGUUUCGAUUGUUGCCACGGCUGCUGCUGCUGCUGCUGCUGCUGCUGCUGCAGCUGCUGCCUCUGCCACUGCAGCAGCAGCGGCUCAGAAAGCGUCCCCUGGAGGCAACCGUUUUCAGGGUGGUGAGGGUGAGAAGCAAUGGUGGGGCGAGGAGGAGAGGCCGCUGGGUGUGACGACCUAUCGCGUGCCGCCAGGUGUCGUGUCGUCAUUGAAGGACGACCUGCUGCUGCUGCCCAACGCAGUGAUGUAUGUGCCGCCCAAGGUGAGUGAAGUGAAGACUAUGCCUUGCUGUUUCUGCUACCCAAGGGUGAGAGGCAGUGAUGGGGGGAGCGUGUCGUCAUUGAAGGACGACCUGCUGCUGCUGCCCAACGCAGUGAUGUAUGUGCCGCCCAAGGUGCGCCCAGGCGUGCUGCCGCGGCUUUUGAAAGAGAUCCUAGCAACCCGAGUAAUGGUGAAGAAGGCAAUGAAGAAACUCCCACCGGGGAAGCAGAGCCGGGUGCUGCACCGCGUGCUGAACGCACGGCAGUUCGCCCUCAAGCUCAUCGCCAACGUUACUUAUGGGUACACUGCGGCGUCGUUCUCCGGCCGCAUGCCCAUGGCUGAGCUGGCAGACAGCAUCGUCCAGACGGGGCGAACAGCCCUAGAGAGGUCGAUAGCUCUGGUGAACAGCCACCCGUCAUGGAAUGCACGGGUGGUCUAUGGUGACACUGACAGCAUGUUUGUUCUGCUGGAAGGUCGCACGCGAGACCAGGCCUUCACAAUCGGGAAUGAGAUCGUGGCAGCGGUAACCGCACUCUCCCCGGCCCCGGUGGCUCUCAAGCUAGAGAAGGUGUACCACCCGUGUGUGCUGCAGACCAAGAAGCGAUACGUGGGCCUCGCGUACGAAUCCCCUGCUGCCACGUGUCCCCCUGUGUUUGACGCCAAGGGGAUUGAGACGGUCAGGCGGGACGGGUGUCCUGCUGUGAGCAAGCUGCUGGAGAAAUCUCUCCAGAUUCUCUUUUCUACUAACGACCUAUCCAGAGUGCGAUCCUACCUGGUGAGGCAGUGGCAGCGCAUGCUGCAGGGACGAAUAUCCCUUCAAGACUUCAUUUUCGCACAAGAAGUCCGCCUAGGCACCUACAGCACCAACCCCCGAGCGAUGCUCCCCCCUGCCGCCAUCGUGGCCACCAAAGCCAUGCAGCGAGACCCCCGCGCCGAGCCCAAAUACAAAGAGAGGGUUCAGUAUGUGAUAGUGUGCGGUGAUCCUGGGUCUAGACUGGUUGAUUUGGUGGUGGAGCCUCGGGUGGUGGUAGAUUCGCGGUGUCUCCGGCUGAAUGUGGGGUAUUAUAUCACGAGGAAGGUGAUUCCCGCGCUGCAUCGGGUGUUUGCGCUGGUGGGGACACGUGUCGCAUCGUGGUUUGCUGAGCUGCCGCUGUCGCAGCGGGCCGAGGAGGUAAGCACCAAGGCGGGGGAUGCAAAUGGGUUCUGUGCGGUGCCAAUCUGCAACUCAUGUAGAGGCAUUGGAGCUGAUCCCGGUGAUGUGUAUGGUGCUUCUGCUGCUGCUGCUGCUGCUGCUGCUGCUGCUGCUGCUGCUGCUGCUGCUGGGGGCAUGUGUGCUGCUACUGUGGGUCAAGAAAGUCAAGCAGGUCAAGCAGAGGAGCUAGUGUGGGAGCUAGUGUCACUGAAGCGCGUGCUAGCAGAGUCAUCUCCAGGAGCCCUCUCUGCUUACAGCGACACCGGGGAUCCGUGCAGUGGGGCGUGGGGGGACAGGGUCGCAUGCAACGAGGCGGGCCAAAUCAUCGCAUUGAACUUCACAGCGGAGGGGCUUACAGGGGCCCUCCCAGGCAAGGAUCUGUCGAGAUUCCGCACUCUACAAAGCUUGUCUCUGGCAUUUAACAAUCUCACAGGCAAAGUCCCCUCAUGGCUCGGUCUCUCCUUUCUCAACCUCGUCGAGCUGCACCUGAGCGACAACCACCUGGAGAAACCUCUACCUGAGAGCAUAGGUGGCCUUCAGGUGUUGCGAACAAUGGACUUGAGUCGGAACAGACUGAUAGGUAGCAUCCCGCAGAGCAUUCACGGAUGCAACGCCGCCACACGCCUGAGUCUUGCCUUCAACUCUCUCACUGGUACCAUCCCAGCGUCUAUCGGAUCAAUGAGGAGCCUCCAGGCGCUGUGA